ACUCUGACGUCAUGUCGACAAACGGGACGUGGCACGCGGAAGGUUAAAUGAUCAGAACCGUUGACUCGUCCUGUUUCAUUCAGCAGGAGGAAGGAGACAUAAGGAACACUCCGAUAUCUGGACUGGAACAAUAUGGCUUCAAACAAUGGCUCCGUCGGUAAAUGGGAGGUGGUGAAGAAAGGGAAGAAGAACAGCAGCGCAGCCGGAGGAGGAGGCAAGAACCCGGCUGACAAGAAGCCCGUCAGCGGGGGAAGGAAAGCUCUGGGCGAAUCUAACCAGCCAUCCAGACAACCAAUAGUGAUGUCAGAGACUCUGUACGACAACUUUGAGAAGAUGGCAAAGAAACAGAACAAGGAGCAGGUUCCACCACCAGCCGAGACGGAAAAUAAGAAGCCCUCGUCGAGUAAACCAGCCAAGAAACCACAGUCCAGCAGCCCAGUCACGCCCGCAACUCACAAGACCCUCGAAGAAGCCUUCAAAACUUUGGACGUUGGGGACUUGAAGCAGCAGUUGGCUCGCAGUCAAACUCUGUUCCCAGAAAACCCAUCGGUGUGGGUCAAAGACCUGGCAGGAUACCUCAACCUCAAUCUGACGGCACCAGAGAUUGAGCCCACACUCAGCAGCUAUGCUCACGACUACCCAUACUGCCUUUCAGGAAAAGAGCUGAAGGGUGUGAUCAAAGGCCUCAUCGGGCGCUGCAGUGAGAUUCUGCCAGAUUUCUUCGACCACUGUGUUUAUACUAUGCUCAGGGAGCUGGACAGACAGUCAGGAGAACCUCUGCACGGCUACAGAGUUUGCAUCCAGGCAAUCCUACAGGACAAACCCAGGAUGGCAACCCAAAACCUGCCAGAGUAUUUGGAGUUACUCCGAUCAGUUCAGAAUCGUCCAGUGAAGUGUUUGACCAUCAUGUGGGCUCUUGGCCAAGCUGGAUUUCAUGACCUCAGCCAGGGACUAAGAGUGUGGCUCGGUAUCAUGCUUCCUGUGCUCGGAGUCAAGUCCUUAUCUUCAUAUGCCAUUGCAUAUCUGGAGAGACUUCUGCUACUUCACGCUAACCUGACGAAGGGAUUUGGCAUCAUGGGUCCUAAAGAGUUCUUUCCUUUACUGGAUUUCGCCUUCAUGCCCAAGAACGCCCUGUCAUCAAGUCUGCAGGAGCAGCUGAGGCGUCUGUACCCUCGUCUGAAGGUCCUCGCAUUUGGAGCCAAACCCGAGAGCACAUUACACACAUACCUGCCAUCGUUUCUGUCCCGAGCGACGCCACACUGUCCAGAUGACAUGAAGAAAGAGCUGCUCAGCAGUAUGACCGAGUGUUUGUGUGUGGAUGUCCAGAGUCUAGGAGUUUGGAGGCAGCUCUAUACUAAGCACUUACCCCAGUCCAGUCUGCUGUUGAACCAUUUAUUGAAGUCCUGGAAUAUCCUGCCACCAAAGGUCCGGAAGAACCUUGAAGAAACAAUCCAGUCUUUCCGAGUGACCAAUGAGGAGAUGAAAGAGUCUGUCGAAUGUCAGGAGCUUCAGGACUGCAAUCACCUGUGCCAGAACCUGCAGGUAAAGAUGCGUGGUCGUGGGUUCCCCUGGUCCAAACUUUUCCUGGUUCUGCUCGUGUUUGCAGCCGGCUUCAUCGCUCAUGACGUCAGAUCCCACGGCUCCUUCGCAGAUUCCACCACAGCCUUGUAUCUGCACAACUCAGGGGUCACAGCCGUAUCUCAGCAGGCCAUGAGCAAAAUAAAGGUGUACUCUACACAGGGCUUCAGCUGGUUGGAGACAAACACUCCUCAUUAUUACUCGGAGUGUGCGCGGGUUUUGGGGCCACUAAUGGACAAAGGAUUGGAAAAGACAAAAACAGCCGCCAUCUUCAUCUCUGAAAACACCACGCAGUUUAUCCUCUGGGUCAAAGAAAAGACGCCGCAGGCCAUAGACUGGGUGAACACCAACACUCCCGACAGUGUGUUCCAGGUGUUGGCGUAUUUAAAGGAGCUGCUCCUCUCCCUCCAUCAGAACUACAUCCUGCCAGCGCUGGCGUUCAUAUAUGAACUGCUACAGCGAGCGUGGACCAACCUACAGGACUCCUGCAAUGGGAAGGUGUCUGUAUCGUGUCUGAAGGGCCACGCUUUGUCCUUCACCAACUCAACGUGGCACCUGCUGCAACACACGACGUCGGCCAUCAAGACGUGGGCUCAGGAGCUGCUGACACGAGCGUGAUAACAUCACAGAUGCUGACUAAUUUACACACACAAUAAACACACAUGAAGUUAUUUACACACACUCUGAGGCUGCCUUUCAGUGCGUCGGCUCCCUUCUCAAGCCACUGUGGAGUCAGACGAACAAACUCACUCAAAAGGACUCUCAUAUUUCUUGUUUUGGCUAAAGUUUUAAAUCAUUUUGCUGUUGUAUCAUGUUGUUUUUUUUCUACCAAUCUUGUUGUCACUGCUGGACGCAGAGGUUGCAUCUCUUUCUCUUCCCAAGUUUUUUUUUUACUGCAAAUUUCAGCUGUUGCUUUAACCUUUUGGGUUAAACAGAUUGUGUAAUUUAUAGAAAAUGUAGGUUUGUAGAUGAUUUAUAAACCAUUUUUAUUUAAAGAGAUAUAUAAAAAAAUAAAAAAAGUGUUACGUGAAAACUUGGUUACGGGCAGGGAAAAGACCAAAAAAAGAUAUUCCAGACUGUUUCAAGCCCCACACACUCUGAAGUGCAGUAUGUGUGUGUGUGUGUCUCAUUAAAGCCUUCAUCAAACCUGAGAAUCUCCCCAGUGUAAACCCUUCAACAGGAAGGAUAUUAUGGGUAAAAGGCUCACAUCAGUCCAGAAGAAGAAGAAGAAAUCUACCUGCUGUCUUGUCUGCACAUUUCCUCGUCUUUGCUGCGUCGUCACCUGUCUGCUGUUUCUCAUGCUUUUUCAUUUGCCAUCAAUGCCUGAGCUAAAAGCAGCAGUUGUACUUGAAGGCUGAUGAUAUUCUGUGUGUGUGUGUGUGUGUGUGUGUGUUUUUGUGUGGAUCAACAAGCUUACUCUUAAUAGCAGGAUCAUGAUUAACCCCAUGCUCCCUCCCCAGUACGCCAGAAUAAACCCUUUCGUCUGGGAAAGGCAAACAUUUCUAACCAGCUGAUUCACUAACCAAGAUGUUUGGAUGGAUAUGGCGAUGACUAAUGUCUAACUUUGUAAUGUAAAUGAUUUAUAAUAAAGACUUCAACCCCA